UGCCUUCCGCUCGAGGAGAAAGGGUAAGUACUAGCAGCACAGCGCAUCGAAUAGAUGAAUCAUGCUAACAACUACAUAGAAUACAUCACUCAACUAGAGGCCGAGAUUGCCACCAAGGUUACCGAGAACGGCGACCUGCGCGGUCAAAACCGCGCUCUCAUGGAGGAGAACAAGCGCCUCUCUGAUCUCACCCGCAUGCUCUUGGCUUCGCCAUCUUUCUCCAACUUCUUGGACCACCUCAGCCAGAACCCCAACGCCGCUCCUCAGCAGCAGCAGCUUGCUGCUCAGAUGGAGCAGAGGCAACCCGAGCAGCGCCAGAUGCCCAAGGAUGUCAACGCCUACGCCGCUUCUCGCCAGGCGCAACAGCAACAGAUUGGCAUGGUCAUGAUCCCAGAGCAGUCUAUGGAUUUCUCCAUGCUGAACAUUGCCGAGGUUACUGACGCUUACAACUAUCAACCUCAAGUUUUCACUGUCCUCGACACUCCCGAGAUGCCCGAGAUUGACACUGCCAUCCUGUCCGGAAAGACCUCUGAGAUUGUGAGCGAGCCAUUCAACGCCAACGAGAAAGUAGAGAUCUCUCUCCCUGAGGUUCCUGUCCUUCUCGAGUCGGCCAAGGCUCAAGCUCCCCAGGCACCAGUCGAGCAGACCAAGACCGAGAAGGUCGUUGCCGACCUUGAUGCUGAUAUCUUCGAUGACGAGAUGACGGCCUCAUCCGCUGUCGAGAGCAUUGUCGAUGGUCUCUUGGGCGUCGUGAUCCCAACUGAGAAGUCUUGCGUGUACGAGCUGGUCAGUACUACUGAAGACGAGGCUGUCGCUUCAAGGGCUUUGGCAAGAGUUUCAAGGCUUACUGCCAGCAUCGAAGCUACGCUGGCGAGGUUAGAAUGUCUUACCUACGACCUCUAAGCUCCUUGCACACUCUUCUCUCUGUCUUUGGGUUGGCGUUUCUGCAUAAUGGAAGAUACCGGACUUGACUUGACCUGGCUUGGCGUUGGGGAUCAGAUCAAAUGCAUUGCUACAUGAGCGCUUUGGCUUGGGUGGUGACCAUCUGUUACAACUAUAUUUCGACUGUCUAUAUGUCCUGUGGUCCCAACAUGGAUCAUUCUUUUUAUUUUCUUUGUAUAGAGUACCCUGGGGGCGAGUGGCAGGAGAACGCCAUGUCUUGUCUUACGAUGAUGAUGCCGGGAAAGAAAUUGGCUGGGACGGCGCGGUCGUUGGAUCGGCUGUAAUAGAUAUAGCUGGCAAUAUGCCACUCAACACAAAAUCAAUUUGUAAAAACAAUACAAAAAUAUUAUAAAAACCUUA